AUGCUGGCAAGGUCCUGCUUGCGCUCGACGCGCGCCCUCAAUGGGCUGCGAAAUGGCGCGACUACCAUCUCCAAGCGCGCUGCUUCGACCAGCUCGGGCGCUGCCGGCGAGGCCGCCCCUGCGCGAUUGAACUUCGCUGCCAUCGCCUCGACCACCGUCGCCGCCGGUUCCCUGGCAUGGUACUACCAUCUCUACGGACCCGUCGCCCAUGCUGCCACGCCUGCCGAGGAGGGUCUGCACGCCACGCAGUACCCUUGGGUUCACCAGCAGUGGUUCAAGACCUUUGACCACCAGGCUCUUCGCCGAGGUUUCCAGGUCUACCGCGAGGUCUGCGCCAGCUGCCACUCCCUGGACCGAAUCCCCUACCGAUCCCUGGUCGGCACCGUCUUGACCGUCGACGAGGCCAAGGCCAUGGCUGAGGAGAACGAGUACCCCGGUGAGCCGGAUGAGCAGGGCGAGAUCCAGAUGCGCCCCGGCAAGCUUGCCGACUACAUCCCUGCGCCCUACAAGAACGAGGAGGCUGCCCGGUUUGCCAACAACGGCGCCCUGCCCCCGGAUCUGAGCCUGAUCGUCAAGGGCCGCCACGGCGGCUGCGACUACAUCUUCAGCCUGCUGACCGGCUACCCCGAGGAGCCCCCUGCUGGCGCCCAGGUCGCCCCCGGCAUGAACUUCAACCCUUACUUCCCCGGCACCGGCAUUGGCAUGGCUCGUGUCCUGUACGACGGCCUCGUUGAGUACGAGGACGGCACCCCCGCCUCGACGUCGCAGAUGGCCAAGGACGUCGUCGAGUUCCUCAACUGGGCUGCGGAGCCUGAGAUGGAUGACCGCAAGAAGAUGGGCAUGAAGGUUCUGGUUGUCACCUCGGUCCUGUGGGCCAUCAGCGUCUACGUCAAGCGUUACAAGUGGGCGUGGCUGAAGUCGAGGAAGCUCGCCUACGACCCUCCGGCGGAGACCAAGGUCCGCCGCUGA